CCGCGUCAUGUCGACGGGCAAUGUGCGCCAUCUUGAACCGAGGCGAAAUCACGGGUUGCUCCCGCUCGCGCUGAUUCCGUGCGUCUCCGCUCGCUUUCACUCCACGCUCGUUCGCACUGUGCGCCCGCGAUCGCACGCCUGAGCUCGAGGACACGCCGUACCGCAGGCCCGAGACCGAGGCGAGGAUGGCAGGGGUUGGUGGAAGCAAUGAUUUCCAGUGGUGCUUCUCCCAGGUGAAAGGAGCCAUCGAUGAAGAUGUUGCAGAAGCGGACAUUAUCUCAACUGUUGAAUUUAACUAUUCGGGGGAGUUGCUAGCCACAGGAGACAAAGGGGGAAGAGUCGUCAUAUUUCAGCGAGAGCAGGAGAGUAAAAACCGUCCUCUAUCCAGAGGUGAAUAUAAUGUGUACAGCACUUUCCAGAGUCACGAACCAGAGUUUGAUUACUUGAAAAGUUUAGAAAUCGAGGAGAAGAUCAAUAAAAUCAGAUGGCUCCCACAACAGAACGCUGCACACUUUCUUUUGUCCACGAACGACAAAACCAUCAAACUAUGGAAGAUUAGCGAGCGAGACAAACGAGCAGAAGGAUACAAUCUUAAAGAUGAAGAUGGACGACUGCGAGAUCCAUUUCGAAUUACAUCGCUACGGGUUCCUGUCGUGAUGCCCAUGGACUUGAUGGUGGAGGCGAGCCCGCGCAGAAUAUUUGCUAAUGCACACACGUAUCACAUCAACUCCAUUUCAGUAAAUAGUGAUUAUGAAACAUACCUUUCUGCAGACGACCUCAGAAUAAAUCUCUGGCAUUUAGAAAUCACAGAUAGAAGUUUUAACAUUGUAGAUAUAAAGCCAGCCAAUAUGGAGGAGCUGACGGAGGUGAUAACGGCGGCCGAGUGCCACCCGCAUCAGUGUAACGUCUUUGUGUACAGCAGCAGUAAGGGAACUAUCCGUCUCUGUGACAUGAGGGCAGCGGCGCUCUGCGAUAGACAUAGCAAAUUUUUUGAGGAGCCAGAAGAUCCCAGUAGCCGGUCGUUCUUCUCGGAAAUCAUCUCCUCCAUAUCUGACGUCAAGUUCAGCCACAGCGGGCGAUACAUGAUGACCCGCGAUUACCUCUCUGUUAAGGUUUGGGAUCUGAACAUGGAAAACCGGCCCGUGGAAACCUAUCAGGUACACGAGUACCUACGUAGCAAGUUGUGCUCGCUAUACGAGAACGACUGCAUUUUCGACAAAUUUGAGUGCUGUUGGAACGGUUCAGACAGUGCCAUCAUGACGGGUUCCUACAACAACUUCUUCAGAAUGUUCGACAGGAACACGCGCAGGGACAUCACGCUGGAGGCUUCGAGGGAAAACAGUAAACCCCGUGCCAUGCUCAAACCUCGUAAGGUCUGCACCGGCGGCAAACGAAAGAAAGACGAAAUCAGCGUGGACAGUCUGGACUUCAACAAGAAGAUCCUUCACACCGCCUGGCACCCGAAGGAGAACGUCAUCGCCGUGGCCGCCACCAACAACCUGUAUAUAUUCCAGGACAAAUGAGCUAAAAAGAGAGUGAUUUAAGAUUAAAACGAGAAAAAAACAAAAUCAAGAUUAUGAAAUAUCCCCCCGUCCCUAUUUCUUCUGGUGCAGGCCUGAGGACGCUCGAAAAUCUUGUUUUACAACGUUAAGCGUAGUCGUUAAAUCUGUAUGAGAAAUAUUGUCCUCUUGAUGAAGAUUCAAAGCACUUGCGUAGAAAAGGGAGACUGCAUAUUUUAAAAUGUGCGUAGAUAAUUCACGACGACCCCUCCGAACCAAACGACCAGGAGGUUGAUAUCGAGCGACGGAUUAUAUCGGCAUUAAGAGGCCAAAUCAACUCGUCAGAAAACAAAGUCGUACAUGUAUUCGUCUUCGACCGAGCCUUACGUUUUUAUGAUUUGACGACCAAAAGUAUGGAACGUUCCACGGGAUGAGUAACAGUCUCGCUGUCAAAAUCGUAUGUACUCACUGUUCAACCUUCAAUUUUGAGGUUUGUGAAACAAUGUUUUGUUAAUGCCCGUUAACAUUCCUGUCUUCUACCUUUUUAAGCACUUAAAACAGGUCUCCAUUUUGGUCAGUGGACAAUUGUUUUUACUUUCUGUUCUGUUUUUAUUUUCUAUUGUUUUCUCAUGCAUAAUAUCUACUCACUGACUGUAUCUAUAUAUUACACCAUCUGGUGUCAAACCACUCAAUAAAAGUAACAUAACUACAAAGAGACAGUG